AUGUUCUUAUUGAUUUUUCUGACUGCGUUGGUGAAUUCGCAACCAUUUCAACUUCAAGAUGGUGUGGUCUUGUCGACGGAGUGUAAAAAUAUCGACGAUGCACAAAAAAUCAGGUAUUUUGAAAUUUAGGGAAAAGGUGGUGUUUUAACCUUUGCUUUUUUUUGCAGAAGUUUGUUGUUCUACACAUGCCCAUUGGAUUACGACCCUUCAUGUGCAGAUCCAAUUUUCGAUCCAUUCCACGCGUUUCAUUUUCGAUGCCAACUAAAAUGUAAGUUUUUGCACAAGAAAAUCAAAAUAUAUGGAAUUUUUCAGAUGACACUGGGCUUUUGAAUCUGAACAUUCAAGAGUUCACAAAUUUGCUAAACAUGGAUCACAUGAACCACAGUUGGUGUAUGAUAACCUUUUUAUAUUCGAAUAAUUGCCCAUUUUCCUACACACUCGCACCGGAAUUCAACAAAUUGACCAAUUAUUAUCAAAAUAUUUAUUUCGUUGGGAUGAAUGCAUUUGAAUUGAAAGAUUCGAAAAUCAAUGUUCGAAGUGGUUUGAUUGGUACACCAACCGUUGCUUUAUGGGUGAAUGGUGUAAUUGUGGCUAGAAUGUAUCAUCAGAAUUUGGAUCUGAAGGAACUUCAAAAGUUUAUUGGACAAUACACUGAUUUGGAACCAAAGUGGUCUGCAAAUCGAGGAAAUGUUGAUUCGAGUAUUAUUGUGAGAAUGGAUGAGGAGGAUAUCAUCGAAUCGAUAUACACUCUGCUUUGUUUCUUGGUCGUUAUAUUGAGUUAGUAUUUUCAAAAGGUUUUGUUCGAAAGUUAAAAAUCUCUGAAAUUUUUCAGCCAUAGUCUACCAAUAUCGCGAAUAUUUUCUGGCGACUUUGCCAGUUUUCAAGUGGAUUCGAACAAAGUUCGGCGCCGAGAAAUGCGAAAUCUUCUAUCAUUUGUUAUAUGUUGUGCCGCCAAGAAUCGAUCAGGAAUUUGUUAUUGUAAAUGAAGGGGAGGCUGAAGCUGGAGCUGAAGCUGCAAAUCCAGAAGAAGCUGAAGUUCAGCAAGUUCCAGAAAAUGCUGAAAAUCAAGCUGGAGUUCAAGAACCACUAGAAGUCCUUGCGCAAUUAUGA